AAUUCUUUUCCUAGGAGAGAGAUCCAUGUUCUUCGACUGAGCUACUCUUUCCCAGAUAGUCUUGGACGGAAGUGGUAGGAUUCCAGAUUCAAGCCGGGUGAUUUUUUUUGUGAGGACAAAGUUCGUGAAACUUUUGGUGAUACAAUGGGUGAUAGUUCAAAAACUAAGGCUGCUGGACAGUACACUCACUGGGCCAGGCCAAAAUGGAUCCGGAUGUACACGUACAACUAUGAAUUUGGAGAGUCUUACUACCGACCCCAAGUCCGGUACGCGUCCAACUCCAGGUAUUCAUCGGAUGUGAGUUCUUCAUCCGCCUACUCUUCGAGCUAUUCUUUGUCCGAUUCGCGAAGCUCAUUUGCUGCUCGACGACGCGCUGUUUCGCCACCAAAGGCCAUGAGUUUCAUUGAGCGUUGGUCUGCCGAUCCCUUUUACGGACGUGGAUUCCGCUCAUCCUCCCGUGCAGAGUCCAGCCAGAGGGAAAGUUCUGCUUAUCGGGCGGAAUCGAGCCAGAGGGAAAGCUCAGUUUAUCGAGCGGAAUCGGCACAGAGAGAAUCGUCUCAAUAUAGAUCGACGCGUGCUGAAUCUACGGAACGUUCUACUACGGUCCGGGCAUCCUCCGAGUUGCGGAGCCGUCGUGCCCAGUCCGAAUACAGUAGGAGCCUUGCCGAAAAUUCCAACUAUGCGAGCGACAGUCUCCUCCAACAAAUCAAUAACGUGCGAGCUACCUCAAUCGCUCUGCAGGAAGAAAGCGCUGGAGUUCAGGAUCGUCUCCGCCAGCGACGAGCGAGAUCACUUGAAGUCUUACGACGUGCCGAAUUGGACGCUCAGCAGUACGCUCUCGUCGGAGCAUCAGACGAUCGUCUGAGGUCAGAUGCGCUCGACUCUGUCCGACGUAGUCGCCGUGAACAAAGUGUUCUUUCUGACAUUGAGGCGAGAUAUUCGAGGGAGGGAUCCGUCGCCUCGAAUGCAAGCGGUCUUGCUUCCGACUACGACUACCCACGCCAUCACCUCGUAUGCAACGAGAACUGCCCCUUCUUCACGGACCCCGUCCACCAUCGACGAUUCGUGAUUGGCAACAAAUUCACGGAUGCUGCCGCAUUGGGUGGCUUCGAUGUUCUUUAUGACCCAACCGUGUACAAGAAAACGAGGACGUUGUUACACCGAUUGUCGGAAGAGAGGGAUGUCGAGUCCUCCAUUUAUGAGAGCACACGGGAGUCAAGUAUGGAAAGGGGUCGAUCCAGAUCAAGAUAUGCAUACAAUACAAUUUAUUAAAAAAGUUGUAUACAUAUUUUCCAAACUCGAAAUGACUUUUCUGUGCAUGUUCGAAUAAUACUGUAAUCAAGAGGAGUUUAUGCGUGAGAAAGUUAUUCCGAGUUUUGGUUUAAAAAAAAUUGGUAAAAUUUCUAAUUUCUUUCUCAACUUCCGCCACCAUACGUAUUGGCCUUAUAAUUUCCAACUCGAUUCAAACAAACUCUCGCCUACCGCUUAUCAAUAUGAUGUUAAUACUGCCACAAAUAAAUUGCUUUUAUGAACCAACCAA